AGUCUUCCUUUUUCUUUUAAUAAAGAAUCAAUUCUCUGUGCAAUUACAAACCUUUGUAGUUAAGAAACCCACCAUUGAUAAAGAACAGUAGUAGUUGUAGUAGUAGUACUGGAAGAACUGGAUUAGAGAGAGGGUUCUGAUCAAGUCAAUGCAAGUGAGAGACUAAAGAUGAAAGGUGAAUCUUCUUCACCGUCUCAAAAUAGAAAGAAGAAGAAAGCUAUUGCUGCUUCUUCUUCUCAACCAAUUCAAAAUAAGGAGAAAGCUGCUGCUGUUGCUUCCUCUUCACGAUCUCAAAUUAGGAAGAAAGCUAGCUUUGUUGCUUCUUCAACAUCUCAGGAUAAGAAGAAAACUAGUGCUGCUGUUGCUGCUUCUGAUGAUGAUGGUUUUACUGACACUAUAAUUUCUUGGUCUCUUAAUGAUGUUUUCAAUCAUAGCCUUUUCACCAACAAGGUGGAAAAGCUUCCUGCAUCAUUUCAAUCAGUUGAGCAUUAUUUGAGGUCUUAUGUCAACCCUAUAUUGGAAGAAACUCGAGCUGAAUUGCACUCAAGUAUGGAAAUGAUACAUCGAGCACCUUUUGCUGAAGUAAAGUCUUUCGAAGAAGCUAAACCAAAUGGGAAAAAUAUAUACCAAGUUCGAGUUAAUUCUUGGAUAAACAACUUUAGUAAUGGUGGCAAGGAAUCUUACAAGACUUUUCCUGGUGACAUUAUUGUUCUAGCAAAUGGUAAACCAGAAAAUGUUAGUGAUUUACUAAGAGUAGGCAUGUCAUGGACUUUUCUAUCUCUGGUCAGUACCAAUGGGGGUGUAAAUACCACUCAGUUCAAAGUCAAGGCAUCAAAAGAGUUUAAGGAUGAGGCUCUGAAGCAAUCAUCAUCGCUCUAUGUCAUUUUCUUGGUGAAUGUAAUCUCUCACAUAAGAAUAUGGGAAGCAUUGCAUAUGUCACCCAAUCCUAAGAUGAUUCAUAAAGUUUUAUGCAAUGGUUCUGGGGCAAAGAUUCAAUGCGAUGGUUGUUCUGAACUAAGUAAUGGAUUCUGGGAUGAGGAGCGGAAGAAUAAUUUAUGUUCUGAAUUGAAUGAGUCUCAGACUAUAGCAGUUUUUUCAUGUCUUCAUAUGAUACACUGCAAGAACAAAUCUUCUGUGCAACUUAUAUGGGGUCCCCCAGGGACAGGGAAAACUAAAACUGUCAGUUAUGUUCUUUUCAACCUCUUGAGAAUGAACUAUAAAACCCUCGUUUGUGCUCAAACAAAUGUUGCAAUUUCUGAAGUGGCAUCUUGUCUCCUGAGGUUGGUACUAGAUGCAGAGGGUAGUGGUUUGUUGUGUUCAUUGGGGGGUAUUCUUCUUUUUGGAACUAAGGAGAAACUCAACAUUGGUUCACAUAUUCAAGAGAUAUAUUUGGAUGAUAGAGUUGAAAAGCUUGAAGAGUGCUUUGGAUCAUUUGGCUGGAGAAAAUGGUUUCCUUCCAUGAUAAAUCUUCUGGAAAGUUCUGUUUCUCAGUAUCAUUCAUUCUUGCAGAAUGAGUUACCCAAAGAGAGAGAAGAAAGUAGUGGAAUUAGAGUUGAAAAGAAGAGACACAGUUGGGAAGUUGGCAAGACAAAAGUUAAACCAUUUCUUGAGUAUAUGAGAGAAACAUUUGGUUUUACUUCUUCAGAACUUAAAAGAUACAUCUCUAUCAUCUGUGCACAUACUGCGAAAAGUUACAUUUCAGAAAAAACUUUCAAAGAUAUGGAAUCCCUUGUUGGCUCACUUGAUUCUUUUGAAUCAUCAUUGCUUCAACAAAAUGUGAAUUCUGAAGUACUGGAAGAGCUGUUUUCUCAUCCAGAAGUAAUUGAAUAUGAAUCUCAUUCAUUUGCGGAUGAAAUUUACUUUUGGCUCUUUCUGGGAAGACGUGAUUGCCUAUCUCUGCUGAGAAAUAUUGUUGAUUCCCUUAACAGACUUGACAUAUCAUGUUUCAAGAACAAACAUGCAAUAAAGAACUUCUGUUUCGAAAGAGCAUCAUUAAUUCUUUGUACUGUAUCGAGUUCAUCUGAGCUGCGCAAAUUAGCAAUUAAUCCAACCAUUUUGGUUAUUGAUGAAGCUACGCAAUUGAAAGAGUGCGAGUCAAUCAUACCUCUUCAACUUCCAGGUGUAGAGCAUGCUAUUCUUGUUGGUGAUGAAUGGCAAUUACCAGCGACUGUUAAAAGCCAAGUUUGUGAGGAAGCUGGCUUGGGAAGAAGUUUAUUCAAGAGAUUGUUUUUACACAAUUUUUCGAAGCACCUCCUAAAUAGGCAAUACAGAAUGCAUCCAUCAAUAAGUGCUUUCCCAAAUUCAAAAUUUUAUUAUAACCAGAUCAUUGAUGCAGCUAGAGUUGAAAGAAAGAACUAUCUCCCAGGGCCAAUGUUUGGUCCAUAUUCUUUUAUAAAUGUAACUGUUGGAAGAGAGGAAAAGGAAGAAGAUGGACAUAGACAAAAAAAUAUGAUCCAGGUAGCUGUUAUCUUGAAAAUACUGCAGAAGCUGUUCAAAGCAUGGCUGGAGACAAAAGGAAAACUCAACAUUGGCGUAGUGUGUCCCUACACUGCUCAAAUCAUUGCAAUUCAGGAAAAACUUGAGGAUAUGUACGAUAAUAUUGAUGACUUUCGUGUAAAGGUGGAGACAGUUGAUGGGUUCCAGGGUGGGGAAGAGGACAUAAUAAUAAUGUCUACUGUCUGUUGUAUGGACAACCAUUCAUUGGAUUUCAAAUCUGAACCUCAGAGAAUUAAUGUUGCUCUUACAAGGGCUAGGCAUUGUCUCUGGAUUUUGGGUGAUGAAAGAAGUCUAGCUAAUGAUCAAUCAGUUUGGCGACCUAUACUCAUCAAUGCAAAAAGUCGUGGAUGCUUUUUUAAUGCUGAAGAUGAUGAGGAUUUAGCUAAGUCUGUAAUACAAUUCAAGAAAGAGUUUUGUCCAUUUGAUGGUAUGCUUAAUGCUAAGAGUGUAUUAUUCAAGGGUUCAAAGUGGAAGGUCUUUUUCAGUGAUAACUUUCUGAAGUCAUUCAAACAAUUAACAACAAUUGGAACAAAGAAGUCAGUUAGAAAACUUCUACUUAAGCUUUCUGAGGGCUGCAGACCAAGGGGGCAUAUUGUAGCAGCUAGUGGAAGUUCUUUGCAAAUAAAGAGGUUUGAGGUUGAAGGUUUGUGUGUUGUCAGCACUGUUGACAUACUACAAAGGGGUUUCAGUUACAUGCAAGUUUUGAAGAUCUGGGACUUGUUGCCUGAUGAAGAUACUCCAAGAUUGAUAGAACACAUUGACUGUAUUUUUGGAAAGUACACAAAAUAUUUUAUCAAGCUGUGCAAUGAAAUUUGCUUGGAAGGCCAAUUAGAAGUACCGAAGAGUUGGUCAUCUUUAGAUAUUGUCCGUUUUAAGGAUCUUUCCAUGAAUGAAGCUGGAAGUAAUUUAGCUGGAGCUGUUUCUGAUUAUAAAGAUUAUGUUAAGAAUUCCAAGGUCAGUGAGAGUUCAUUGCCUAUGAAAUUCUACUCUAUGUCAAAUUGUGCAGUGAAUCACAUACUAUCUGACCGUGAUGGUAAAGAGUUGGAUCUCCCUUUCAAAGUAUCACACCUAGAAAGGGAGAUCAUCCUUUGUAGUAAAAGUACAUUUGUACAGGGACGGUCAGGUACUGGGAAAACUACUGUCUUAACCAUGAAGCUACUUCAGAAAGAAUAUUUUCACCACAUGACUAUGGAGGGAUAUUACGGAGUCAAAACCAAUUCAUUUGGACCUGUUAAUCAGAAUUGUGUGGCUGGGAAUAACUUAGCAGAAGCUCAAGGAAGUGGUUUACGCCAGCUUUUUGUGACAGCAACUCCUAAUCUUUGCAAAUCUGUUGAGCAACACAUUUCCUACUUGAGAAGUUCAUGUAGUGCUCACCAUCUGGCUGAAAGAAGUUUGAUUGAUAUGGUUGACAUUGAUAAUGAAGAAUCAAGACUGAAGAACAUCCCAGAUUCUUUCCAAGACAUUCCUCAUAAUUCCUAUCCUCUUGUUGUAACAUUCCACAAGUUUUUGAAGAUGCUUGAUGGAACAUUGAGUAAAUCGUAUUUCGAAAGAUUAAUUGAUAUGACAGAAUUUUCACAAAGUCACAUGCCAUACUCAAGAUCACAUAUGAUUGAGUCCAUCAUAAGGACCAAGGAAGUCAACAAUGAGAGGUUUAGCUCACAAUACUGGCCUCAUUUUGAUUCCAAAUUAACAAAGAAGCUUGACUCUUCCACAGUCUUUACUGAAAUAAUUUAUCAUAUCAAAGGUAGCCUGCAAGCCAUGAAAGCAAGUGAUGGUAAACUCACUUGGGAGGACUAUGUUAAAUUAUCGAAGGGAUGCCCCUCUGGUUUAAGUAGGAAUAAAAGACAAACAAUAUAUCAAAUAUUUUUGUCUUAUGAAAAACAGAAGAUGGGAAAUGGUGAAUUUGAUUUGGCUGAUUUUGUAAAUGGUCUUCACAAUCAACUCAGAGAUGAAAGAUACAAGGGUGAUGAAAUGCAUUUUGUAUAUAUUGAUGAGGUGCAAGACCUUACAAUGAGUCAACUUGCUUUGUUUGAACAUGUGUGCAGUAAUGUUGAAGAGGGUUUUGUUUUCUCUGGUGAUGAUUUACGCGCAGCAACAGAUGGUAUGGAUUUUAAGAUCCAAGAUGUGCAACCUCUUAUUGAUAAGAAAAUUAUCUUGGAUUCCACUGGCAGAAGUGAAGAUAGAGAAGACAAGGGCUCAAUCACAAAAAGUUUCCAUUUGACUCAAAACUUUUGUUCCUACUCUGGUAUUUUGAAACUAUCACAAAGCAUCUUGGAACUAUGCUAUCAUUUCUUUCCUCGCUCUGCCGAAAUUAUCAAAUAUGAAACCACAAAAGUAAAUGGUGAAGCUCCAAUUUUGCUUGAAUCUGGGAGCAGCAAAAAUGCUAUCACAACACUGUUUGGGAGAAGCAAAAAUGUCAGCCAAAAUGCUAUUAUUGGUUUCGGGGCUGAGCAGGUGAUUUUGGUAAGAGAUGAAAAUGCUCGAAAGGAAAUAAAGGACUAUGUUGGUAAGCAAGCUCUUAUCCUAACCAUACCAGAGUGCAAAGACAAGUUUCAGGAUGUAUUAUUGUACAACUUUUUUGGAUCAUCUCCUUUGGGAGAACAAUGGAAGGUUAUAUGCAACUACACCACAGAACAAAAUUCGGAUCAUCUUGUUUUUGGAUCAGUUCCUGGAUCCAUGUCAACCAGUUUUUCACUCUUUGAUAAUUCCAAACAUUACAUUAUGUUGGACGAGUUGAAGCAAUUAUACAUUGCUGUUUCAUGUACAAAGCAGAGAUUAUGGAUUUGUGAUAGCACAGAGCAAUCGAAGCCUAUGUUUGACUAUUGGAUUAAGAAGUGUCUUGUUCAUAUUAAACAACUUGAUGAUUCACUAGUAUCUUCAAUGCAAGUCCCAAGCAGUCAACAAGAGUGGAAAUCACGGGGCGUCAAGCUGUAUUAUGAGCACAACUACGAAAUGGCCUCAAUUUGCUUUGAAAAAUCUUGUGACAUAUAUUGGGAAAGAAAAUCUAAAGCUGCUGGCCUUAAAGUUAUGGCUGAUCGUAUCUGUUCUUCCAAUUCUCAAGAAGCUAGUUCUCUCCUUAGGAAAGCUGCUGAGAUAUUCGUAGAUAUAGGUGAAGCAGAUUCUGCUGCUAGAUGUUUUUGUGAUUUGGGGGAGUAUGAAACCGCAGGUAGUGUAUAUUUGAAAAGUUGUGGCGAGUCUGAGCUACAAAGAGCUGGAGAAUGCUUCACUCUUGCAGGUUGCUAUGAGCGUGCAGCUGAUGCCUAUGCUAGAGGAAAUUUUUUCUCCAAGUGUCUAAAUAUAUGCACCAAAGGGAAGUUAUUUAGCAUGGGUUUGACGUACAUAGAGCACUGGAAACAACAUGCUAAGAAAGAGGGUGAUAUAAACACUAAGGCUGAAGAGAUAGAAAAAAUUGAACAGGAGCUUUGGAAGGGAUAUGCUCUCAAUUGCUAUGAGCUCAAAGAUACUAAAUCCAUGAUGAAUUGUCUCAAAUCAUUGAAAUCAAUGGAUUUAGUUCGUAACUUUUUGAGGCCAUUAGGUUGCUUUGAUGAACUUAUGUUGUUGGAAGAACAAUCAGGAAAUUUUAUGGAGGCUGCAGAAAUUGCAAAGCUGAAAGGAGAUGUACUUUCUGUAAUAGAUCUUCUUGAGAAGGCUGAGAAGUAUAAAGAAGCAGCAACUCUUAUUAUUUCCUAUGUUCUUGCCAACUCACUCUGGUCAUCUGGUAAAAAGGGCUGGCCCUUAAAGCUGUUCAAACAAAAGGAUCAUCUUUUAACAAAAGCCAAGUCAUUUGCCGAGAAGGUGACACCAGAUUUUUACGAGUUUGUGUGCAUAGAAGUUGAGAUUAUGACAAAUGAGAAGACUGACUUAGCCAAGAGAAAAAAUCAAAUGAUUGCUUCCCAGAGAAAAGAGAGUGUUAGAGGUGAGAUCUUAUCAUCCCGGAAAAUUCUUGAUGCUCAUCUUGCUUCUUCAAAUCUGGCAGAGUAUGUCUGGGAAGACGAUUUAGUACAUGAUCUUAUGAAGCAUUCAGAAGACUUGAUUUCCAAAAACCAAAUUUCAGUUGAGUCACUAGUUUAUUUCUGGAAUUUUUGGAAGGAAAAGAUUGUUAGGAUUUUUGAAUAUCUUGGAUGUGUACAGACUCAGGAUGUUGAUGAGCUUAAAUAUUAUGGAGAAUUCUGUUUGAACUUUUUAGGUGUUUUGAGAGAGUCUCACAAUCAGCUUACAAUUUUUGUCUUGCUGAACUCUGAUGCUGCUUGGGCAAGAAAUGUAGAGAAAAGAUCUGUUUGGAGUAAUGGAAAGUUGGUUUCUAUUGAUGUCUUCCAGUUUGUUUCUGCUGCUCAGAUUUACUGGUCUUCAGAAGUUCUCUCUGUUGGUUUUAUGGUUCUACACAAGCUAGAGGCUAUCCAUAAGUUCAUGACCAACAAUUCUGAUCCAGUUUUCAGGAAAUGCAGGACUCUUUCUCUUAUCUAUGAGGUUGCACAAUUUCUUUUAGAGUCCAAGUUUCUUAAGAGAACACAUCAAGAAUUAGAGGAUCUGCAGAAAUUGAGGAGACUAUCAACUGACAAUUUUUCAGCUUAUAUAUUCCCUUUAGAUUGGAGGAAAUCUUUGGUGGAAAACCAUAUUUCUUUCAGAGGAACAGACUUUUGUAAGAAUUUUCUCAAGCAAGUCACAGUUGAACAUGUCAACUCAAGGAGUAAUCUGUCUUACAGAGAACUUGGAAGUGUGGCCAUGUUUAUUCUUGUGUCUGGCAAGCUCAACAAUGAACUAUUUAAGAAGAUUCUGAUAAGGGUAGAGUGGAAUCUUCCAUGGAAGGCAUUCUUCGAGACUCUACACACGUAUGAAGGUUCAUACUCUCCGAAUCUGUCUCUGAUUUGUAGGCUUCAUGAAGCUUUGGAAGAUGCAUACAGUGCACAUUGCAGAGGAGUAAAUGACUGCAUAUCUAUUGAAUGUUUCUUGUAUCUUCUUGAGUGCUUUGUGACUUGGUCAUCUUCCUUCGAAAGUUGCUUCAUUUCUACAAAGUCAUCAUUUGUUGAGUGGCUCAUCUACCAAGAUGUUCAUACCACGACCAGGUCAAGUUCCCAGACAUCUAUUUUUUUUCGACAACCUCGUUUAGAACUAUUACAGUUUGUCAUCCGUGUUAUUAAGCAAUGCCUUCACAACAAGGAAUUUAUGAUUGGAUGGAUCCAAAGAUCUGCCUUAGUUGAGAAUGAGUCCUACUCAUUACUUGUUCAGAGGAUGGUUGCCAUUAUCUGUUUGCUUUAUGCAAAUUUCGGAAAAUGCUUGGACUUGCUUCUUGAUUUGCUAAGAAGAACUUACAUCACUGAACAAUUACCAAGGCAGUUUUUUGAUACCCUCAAGUCUAAUUUUCAAAGUUUUAAUCAUAGUGUACUCGAUAAAGCCUUUAAGCAUAUUGACAAUAAUUUGGUGAUUGUGAGCUUUAGGGAGAAUUCCUCAAAGUAUUCCUGUCCAAAUGCUGUACUUGUCAACAUGGAGGCCUAUCGUGACAAAAACGACAUAAUAAGAUUAUUGUUUUCGAAAACCUUUGACACUUCAGGAGAUUUAACUCUAGCUCAGCCUGCUGCAACAGAAGCCUGUGACUCUUGCAGAGAAAUAGUUUCUACAAGCAGUUCCAUCGCAGGGAUGAGUUCUAAGCUUUCACAUUCUAGUUUUGAGUUGGUGACUGAUCAGGACAGCCACACUUGGAACAAACCUGAACGCAAUCCACCAAUGGAUGUUGUAUGCUUUUGGGAGAUAUUUGAAAGCAUUAACUCUGAUGGAAAUGAAAUAGACCAAGUGGAAUUUACAUCAAAUCCUCAAAAAAUUAAGGCCAAUGUGGAGAAAUGUAUUUGCUUUUUAACUGCUGCAAUGUUGACUCAAAAUCUUCGAAGCACUUGUGGCUUUGAGGAGAAAAGCUCAUCUAAGGAAAUGAUCGACAUGGUAAACGAUUUGAAGCAGUUUUCCACUGCAUUGGAUUUGAGGAAGAUAACUGUUGUGAAAGAACUUUCUAAGAGGCUGCAAUCAAAGAGACCGAGAAUGAAACUUGUCUUGUCACAGCUAUUUUCCCAGAACACCACAGAUCUUGAAAAUAUGGCUUUUAAGAAGGCUUUUGUAGAAUCUGGUGACCAAUCUCAUGUUAAGGAACAAACUGGUACCAUGACUGAGAAAAUUGGCAAUUCUGACAAGGUUACAUCAAAGGUUUCUGAAGCUUGUAGUAGUAGUAGUAGUACAGAGUCAAAGGUUUCUGAAGCUAGUACUAGUAGUAAUAGUAGUACAAAGUCAAAGGUUUUUAUAACCAGUGGUAUUAGUACAGAGACAGUGGUUUCUGAGCCCAGCAGAGAGUCAAAGGUUCCAGUACAGGAAACAAAGAAAAAAGAUGCUUGUUGCAUUCAGUGAUAGGUGUUGAGUAUAUGUGAAAUCUGUAACUCUAUUGGGUUUACAAAUUUCAUCUACAGAAACCAAAAUAUGUAAAAUAAUUAUAACACUGAAAUCUAUAAGAUGGUUUAGUUUUCUUUGUUCAUAACAACAAAGUAGAGAAAGAAAGAUUAGACAUUAAAUAAAUAAAUAAAAUAACAUGUUUUUGAAGAGAA